AUGGCAACUCUGAGGGAGGCAGCUCGUCGACGCUUGAACCUGGAUCCCCUAACAACCUCGCUCACCCCUCCCCAACAUCCCUCUCAACAUCAGACACCAACAAGUUCGGCUUUGUCUGCGGCGUCUCUGAGCGCUCCGUUUGGCUACAAUCCAUCAUCUUUCACCCCAGUUAGUGCCGUCCGGAACUCCUCUUACAACCCGGCUCAAUGGUCGAACUCGCCCAACCUCACUCCAGACAGCAGUUCUCGGUUCUCAUCGGGCCACUCCUCGGCGCGGCCUCAAGCCCCAGAGGCUGCUACGCCACCCCCUCCACCACCUUACAGCCCUCCAAGAUCACAAAGAACGUCGAUGAUAGUAUCUGAAGAGGCUUCUACUAGGAUAUCGCCUGCUACUCGACUCUCCUCUGCAACUCUUUACAGGUCAUCCCCGGAGCCAGCUUCAGAUCCCAUCUUCCCCCCUCCUCCCAAUACGCGAGCACGGGCUGCUUCGAACGAUAGACCGCUGUCGCUGUUCAAUAUAGCCUCAUUCUCAAGGCGAACGACGACACCAGAAUCCCAAAGGCUUUCGCCAGAGACCAUUAGGGAUCAUGGAUCCAAUCCUCGCCGGCCAGUGCCCGUGUCGAUUGAAGCUCCGCCCUCAGCCUCAGAAGAAGAAGGCUCGUUAAAUGUGGAGUCACGACCCCCAGCUUCGCGUAGAGCUGUAUCCGCAGGGGCUAUAAGCACACCGUCAUCCUCGCGUUUACGUGGCUCAUCAGCGUCAAGAUGGGCGCCUGGUAUGCCAUUGCCUCCUCCCCCGCCAGGACCACCUCCUCCUUCGUCAAGGUCACAAAGCAUGACUGGAACGGAUCGGGUAGUCUCGCCAUCGACGAGGAGGCCAGAUCCCUUGUCGACACUGGGUCCGGUGCCCCCAACUCCAGCCGGUUGGGUGGAUGGGGAUCUUGCAGGAAGAGGAAGGUCUCCAAAUCGUGGACUGUAUAUCGAUACGUCAAGUGCUGGCUCAAGUACUGCCCCCGAGUCCAACUCAGGAUCAAGUUCCUCCGGCUUAGCCAGAGCUCAUGCCGUGAGAGGCGAGAAGAGCAUCCGGGAAAGAAGGACUGAAAGCAAAACCAGGCGAAGUGCUGUUGCGGCAGAAGAAUCUUCUAACAAUCCUUGGGCCGAGUCAAUCACGCCAUCAGAUAUUGUUCUUCCGCAAACUCUACUUACCAGGAGACCAACGAUUACCCGUUCUACUCCGAGGAGUGCAAGAUCAUACAACGUAGAAACACCGAAAUCUGCAGGCAACUCGCAGCGUAAUACACCAAUCCAAUGUGGGCCCGCGGGGGCUGGGUCCAGAGGUUCGACUCCUCGGCCGUCUCUUUCUUCGAGUCGACCAGAGGCCCCCACUCCACCCUUUUCUCCUGGGCAGAUAAAAGCCGCGUUCACUGGAGCCUCUCCAGCUAUACCGCCGAAGGGAUUGCCUACCCCUCCACCGCAAUCAAGACUAACCCUCAACUCUCCAAGUCGACCUGUUUCUCAUAUACUACACAUGCCCAACACUGAUGCAACCACCAUCGCACCGCUCGUUCCUUCUCGUCCAGGCUCUCGACAGUCGAACCACAGCCAAAUAUCUCAAAUAUCUCCAGCGGAGCAAUUCUCUCGUGCGGCCGUUGAAAGGCACCAAGCGUUUGCGCAGAAAGAAGCUGCCGCCGCAACUGAUGGCGAGCGUGUAAGAAUAUUUGCAGAGUUUAUCGUCACGGAAUCUCGUUUGCGGAGGCAAAGAUAUGCUUCUGCAAUCGAUGAAAUGGGUUCCGAGAUCCUGGAGCUAACCCGUGACCUCUUCCGUCCGUACAGUAGCCCUCGGAAGGAGUCUACGGAAUCACGAUCAAGUGCGUGGACGCCAGAAUCAUCUACCGGACCGAGAUCACCUGGAAUUUCGGGACCGGGAAUGAGAUCACACAGAGGGUCUUUAAUGUCAGCUUUGCACGACGUACCAAAGCUCCAGACAGCUGCGGAGUCAUCUUCUAGCUCGAAGCAAGCUUCUCCUGCAACAGGAAGGCCCGAGUCAUCAUGGUGGACAGGUUAUAUGCCUUGUUUGUCACCGAUUCCAAGUAUGAGUGUAAGCGAAGUCCUUGAUGGCUCGGAUUCGAGAGGUAGACCUUCAAGUAGGUGGUGGGAAGUAAGCCAGGAAGGAUCGAAUGGCACUCCCUCGAUGGACUUGAAGCGGUCUAAGCGAGAAUCGAAGUAUAUGGGUAUGCCACGAGAGCUACGGGAGGCGCUCCAGUAUGAGAAUGGUGACCCGAGAGCGAAUCAAAACGGCAAAGGAAUUGACAUGUCCGAGUCGAAUGAGUCCAACAUCUACGGAGAGAAUGAGUACCCCCCUGAAAAGGUUGGCUGGCACGAGGAAGAGCCAUCGCAACCGAUAUUGCGUCAAGAAACGUCAAGAUCCCCAGCUCCAUUUUCGCCUGCACCGGCUACCCCAAAUCCGAAUCACUUGGACGUCUCCCGCCUUGUAACAUUACCUCCUCCCUAUCCUCGCCAUCAUCCAGCCGUCAACAACAACCACCCUGAUCUAACUUCCAUCCGCAGCGUCGUCCGAGUCCUCAGCGAUUUCACCGAAGUCGAAGCCACCAAAGAACGCUUCUCAAUCAGCAGUGCCAAAGUGCAAGAGGAUCUAGCCGCCGAAAUUUCUAAGCGACGCAACUCCCUCCGAAGCAACAUCCAGCGUGAAGUGGGCUCUGGAAACAUGACCUACGCGGACGCCGCAAAAGUCGAAGCAGCGGCCCUAGAAAACGAACAAGAGAAGACCAAAGCGGCCUCCAAAGUGGAUUUCGAGCUCUUCCAAUCCGAAGUUGUGAUCCCCUUGAACGAUUUACUGAUGGAUCGAGUGGCCCGCUCAACCGAACUCUUCACCCAGCUGCGGUCCAAGCUUUUUGUAGACGCGCAAGAGCAAAGCCCCAACCUCACGCAAGAAGAAGGUGAUGAGCAACCCGAGCUUCUCGAAAAACUCACACUACUAAAAUGGAUCUUUGAAGCUCGCGAGCAGCUGCACAGAGAACUCUUCGACCUCCUCAGCGACCGCAACAACCGCUACCGAGACAUGGUGAUCACACCCUACCGACUCGCCGGCAACGCGGAAAAAGUCCAGAACGCCGAGCUCUUCUUCGCCGAAGACGCAUCCAAACGCAGGCUAGCCUUCGAGCAGGAAGCGCUGAAACGCACGGAGGAGUUCAUGGACGUCAUCGAGGAGAACGUCGUGCGCGGCGUCGAGGUCCAGCUCUCGGCAUUCUGGGACAUCGCGCCCAGCCUGAGCCGCAUCACUGAGCGCAUCCCGACGCGCCUGGACGCGGCCUUUCAGAUCCAGAUCCCGGCCGCCGAGUACGCGGAGAACCCGAGCUACUGGGAGUUCCCGAUGCAGUACCUGUACAGCCUGCUCGGCCACUGCGAGAAGAGCACGUACCAGUUCAUCGAGAGCCAGACGAACCUGCUGUGCCUGCUGCACGAGGUCAAGAGCAUCGUGACGCUGGCGAACUGCCGGCUCAUGCGCACGCAGCGGGUGGCACAGGGCGAGGACGAGGAGGAGGUCGAGCGGGAGUUGAAGGCGGUAGAGGCCGAUGAGGAGGUCCGGCUGACGGAUGACUUGAAGGAGAAGGUGCGGUGCGUGGAGGAGCUGUGGAGCUCCGCGCUCGGGAGGGAGUUGACGGGUGUGAAGAGCAGGAUCGCGAGGUUCCUGGUUGAGCAGGGGGGCUGGGACGAGGAUGUAUAA